UUCUUCGGCAUACCUUAUGCUGAGCCACCGAUCGGAGACCUUCGUUGGAGGGCACCAGUACCGCUUUCCCGCAACUCAACUGUCAAGAGCACCGAAGCCAUCAACGCUACAACUGUUGGACCCCAGUGCGUACAGGGCAGAUCCGCCUGGCUUCCGCAGACAGAUGCACCAGAUCCAGCCAGCGAGGAUUGUCUGUUGAUCAACGUCUGGGCUCCCCUGAAUCCUGUUGCGGACUACCUGCCAGUCGUUGUCAAUCUUCAUGGUGGAGGCUUCAUUGCUGGAAAUGGUUCUCAAGAGCCGGGUCAGAAUCUCGUGCCCUAUUCCAACGGAGCUAUUGUCUACCUAUCCGUCCAAUAUCGUCUCGGAGCUUACGGAUUCUUGCCUGGUUCUGCGAUUCGAGACGGCGGCGUCCUUAAUGCUGGUCUUCUCGAUCAGAGGCUUGCCCUUGAGUGGGUCCAGCAGAACAUCCACGCAUUCGGCGGAGAUCCGAAACAAGUCACCAUUUGGGGAGGAAGUGCUGGAGGCGCAUCCGUACUAUAUCAGCUUACAUGGAAGGGUGGCGAGACUAAUCCGCCUUUCAGGAGUGCGAUCCCUGAGUACCUUGCCGUAUCUUCCUUCAAGAAUGAGACAACUCAAGAAGCGAUGUACAACACUCUCCUCAACGCAGCGAACUGCACCUCGUUGGACUGUCUGCGAGGGAAGACAUUCGAAGAGCUGAGGAAUGUGACUCAACAAUCGUACCUCGACGCAUUCGAUGCUGGACUUUAUGGUUACGGAGACUCAUACUACCAGCCAGUGGUCGAUGGGUCGUUCAUCAGGGACGUUCCAUCGCAACAAUUGGCGCAUGGAAAUUUCUCAAGAGUGCCAAUCCUC